AUUCGUAAAAAUCAGCACAGUCAAAACGAUUUGCAAUAGCAGGUACACAGAAACAAAAUGAAAAUCAUUUUAUUUACAAUUGGAUUUAUUGGUGCUGCUGCAUCAGUUUACAUUUCACCAGAAGGAUUCGGUGCUUCAGGAUUCGGAGGGUACGGCGCACCCAUCGUUAAGGGUUUCAAACCGAAGGCCCUCGGUGGCUAUCUGCCUAUCGGUGCUCCAGUUGCACCCAUUGUAAAAACAUUCCAACCUAAAAUUAUCGGAGGUUAUCAACCCUAUGGUGAUAUUGGUUACGGCGGUCCAUUAGCAGGAGGACCCGUUGUUAAGACGUUCCAGCCGAAGAUAAUUAGCGGUUAUCAACCCCAAGGUGUACCAUUGUCUGUGAAAGCUCCUGUUGUCGUCGCUCCCUUCGCAAAGGUUGUAAAAGUUAAGAAAUUCCAACCAGUGGCCAGUGUUUACGGAGGCUAUGGCGGAUAUGAAGUACCUUCUGCAGAUAAAUUUCAACAAAAGUUAGUUGGAGGUUACCAAGACCCAUUGUCCGUGGACGCUCCAGUUGACUACUCUGGCAAAAGCUUUGGAGGUGGCGCAGGUUUUGGAUACAAGGAACUCCAAGGCGGAUUUUCUGGAGAAGGUUUCGGUUAUGAUUCGUGGAAGAAAAAAAAAGUGUUUGCCUACUAAUUUGUAAUGUGUAGUUAAAAUGAAUGAAAGCAUCCUAAUGAAUAAAAUAAACAUUUCUUACAUUUGA